CACCACUAUGACUUACCCGCCUCCGUUGUUAGUCACAUAUAAAUAUUGAUGAUGGUGGUCGCUGCAGCCCCUCAACCUCUCUUUGCUUUUACCUUUGAUAAUCCUCCUUUCACUAAUUCCCUGUUUGAAGGUCCUAGAUCCUUUUUGCCAGGGACCGGGCGCCCAACCUCGACCCACCCGGAACACGGUUCCACCCUUCAAGCAAGAGCUAACCAUCUGUGUUGGAUUUCAAUAUUCGCAGCCCGUCGGUGUACCACCUCCACUCCCGAAUUCUUCAAUCCACUCUCGCCGUGCAAGCACAUCUUAUCUAGCUUGCUGCCACUGAACGAAGAGAAUGGCCGAUUCGGACUACGAAUACAUGGAGGAUGCGUCUGAUGACGAGUAUAUUGAAGGAAGGGCCAGGUCUAGUACACGAGUGCAGACUUCUCAGGCUCCAGGAAAGAGACGGACGCAUGAAAAGCCCCGGAAGCCGCAGGCUUGGGAGACAUCUAGGACUGUGGCAGCUACCGUCACCGCCACGACCAUCCAAGAAGCCGAAGAUGGAACGAUACAACAGAGCGUCCAGGAGCGAGAGGAAGAGCGGAAGAGAAAACGGCUGCGCAAAGACACGAAACCAUUCCAGCGAGGAAUCAUACGGCAUGUCACCCUCAUACUUGACCUAUCCGAGGCCAUGUUAGAGAAAGACAUGCGCCCUAACCGGUAUAUUACCAUGAUUAAAUAUACUCAAGAAUACGUGCGCGAGUUCUUCGAACAGAACCCCAUUUCUCAGAUGAGCGUGCUAGGGAUGCACGAUGGGAUCUGCAUCCGGGUCUCGGAGUUGUCUGUUGGCCAGAGCAACACUUUAUCACACGCCAAAUCAUGGAACUCGAGAAGUCAUCAUCGUCUUCGGUUCUCUGCUUUCCUUAGAUCCCGGCGAUAUCCACCAGACAAUCAGAGCUUGCGCGCGCGAUCACAUUCGCAUGAGAGCGAAUACGUUGUUGCCACGGAUCAAGAGUCGCUGCGGGAACUCCUACUAGCUACGACAACUCCUCCCGUGAUCCGAUCCACCCAGCCAACUACUGCUGCACCCACCGAGUCCGCCGCUGCUCUUAUGAUGAUGGGGUUCCCAUCUCGGGUUGUGGAAGAUGUUCCAACCAUGUGCGCCUGUCAUGGUGUUCUUACAAGAGGUGGAUACACCUGCUCGAGGUGCAGCGCUAAGGUCUGCAGCCUCCCAGUUACAUGUCCCAGCUGCCAGCUCACUUUACUGUUGUCGACACACCUUGCCAGGAGUUAUCACCAUCUCUUUCCUCUUCGUAAUUGGGUUGAGGUCAGCUGGGCACGCGCUAGGGAGAAGGGGAGCCGAGAAUGCGUCGGCUGUCUCUCAGCCUUUCCGAUACCCUCAGAGUAUUCAUCAGACAGCAAGGGCGGACAGAACGACGAGAAUCACCACGAAAAGGCAGGCAGAGCUGCCCGCCAGCAACAGAUGGAUAAGGAAGAUUCCGAGGAGCAGAAAGCAAGUGAAAGCUCAAGAUACGAGUGUAGAGCUUGCGAGAGCCAUUUCUGCGUAGACUGCGACGUGUUCUGUCACAUGGUCCUUCACAACUGCCCGGGCUGCUUAAGCCAGUUCAACCAAAUUCCAGAGGCACAAGGCGAUGGCGAUCGAUUGAUCCGAUUUAGCGCGGAUGAUGGCAAAACCUACUACGGGAAUCUGACAAAAGAGACUCCGACCCUUGAGAUCGAAGGCUCAAAGGUUGAGGUACUGAGUGGAGAUGUUGCGACAGGAUUCAACAAGACAGGCGAGCAAGCAACUGUGUCGAAGUUACUCUGUCCUUUACCUAGAACAAAUAUUGUCAUGUGCAUAGGACUAAACUACCGUCAUCACGCAGAAGAGGCAAAUCUUUCGAUCCCCAAAUUUCCCACAGUUUUCACGAAGCCUCCAGAUGCGCUUACCGGCCCUAUUGACGCGGUCCCCAUCCACCCAGAAUGCCAAAGCAUGUUAGACUACGAGGGCGAACUAACCGUGGUCAUCGGCAAAGACUGCAAGAAUGUUAAAGCCUCCAAUGCGUUUUCUUAUAUACUCGGCUACACUGUCGGCAACGAUGUAUCAGCCCGGAAUUUCCAGCUUCCCGCCGACGUCUCCGGCGGGCAAUUUGGCUACGCGAAGUCGUUUGACGGAUUCGCACCCAUCGGUCCUGCUAUCGUCAGCACGAGCAUCAUUCCCGAUCCGCAGAAACUAAAGUAUACGACGAAGGUCAAUGGAGAGGUGAGGCAACAGACAGGUACAGAUGAUAUGAUUUGGACAAUUGCGCAGAUUGUGGAGCAUUUGAGCAGGGGCACGACCUUACGGGCUGGCACGGUCAUCAUGACUGGCACACCGAGCGGUGUUGGGUUGUUUAUGAAUCCUAAGGGGUUUGUGAAGGAUGGAGACAUUGUAGAAAUUUAUGUCGAGGGGAUUGGGAGUCUCGUGAAUAAGAUGAAGUUCGAAUGAAGUUUGACGGAUUGGGUUUAAGGGAGGUCGCGAUGAGUGGCG